AUCCCCUUCUGUGAUGUUCUGCUCAAUCAAAACACGUUUCACCGAAUGGUGGAAACAUCUGACAAAACUCAAACCCGGAAGGGAUUCAUUUUUCCUUCUUGACUAUUUCUUGGUGCUUGCCGGAAUACAUCUGCUUACUAGAAACGGCUACUUACGAACCGUAUGGAAUUUCUAUCGUGCUCUUCUAUUUAUCCACGUCGUACUGAUGACGAGAAAGGUUAUGGAAAUUUUUCAAACCGAGGACAAUUUCCAGCUGAUCGCCAAUAACAUGAUCAUGUGCGUGGGAUGCUUCAUAAUAUUUGCUCGGUGCGUUUUCAUAGUAACGAGCUUUAAACAAGUGAAUUCAAUCAGAAAUUUGGUGAAUCGGAGAGAAUUCCAAGCGAAUGAUCCUACUGCUAUGGCUAUUCGUCAAAGUGCUUUUAACAAUGCUAUUUUCGUUACUUUGUUCAUGGCAAUGAACAGCCUCACGCAAACUUUUAUGGUUCUCUUUACUGAUCUCGGUAAAACCGAGUCAUUGUUGCUGCCGUUCGAUCUUGUUGGACUCAGUUCAUCUGAAAACUUUAUUCUUCAGAAAAUAUAUUCGGGCAUGUUUUCAAUUUACGUGUUUCUUGCAUCGACUAACUUUUUGGCUGUGUAUCUACCAUUGACAGCGCUCAAGGCAGAAAUGAGAAUAGUCGUUCAUUCCUACUCAAAAAUCACGAAUCAGGUCGAAGAUCGAAUGUCUGGACUAGGUCACAAAGCUGUCGACGAUUCAAACGAAGCUCAUUUUUGGGAGAUUCUUCAGGAUGAGCUAACUCAAUGCGUUCGUGCUCACGCUGCUGUACUGGAUAAAGUAGGGGAAUUGAAGAAAUUGUCAGACCCAACCUUUCUGCUGUUAUACUAUAUGACCAUGCUGUAUGCUGCGAUAGGAGUGAUUGCGGUGCUGUUCACGCCCAAAUUGAACACCUUCAACACGAUAUCUUUGGAAUACUCUAUGCGGUACAUGUUAGAAUGCUUCGUCUUUUGCCACGUCGUUUCUAAUUUCAAUGAGCAGCACAACAAUAUCGUCAACAAGUUGUCCCAAUUUCACUGGGGAGUUGAUUUGAGAUACAGCAAACGAUUUUCCCGUGAGUACAAGCAGAUCCGAUCGAUGGUCCUGAUGAUCAUCAUGCAGUCGCAGAAAAGUUUGAACUUCAGCUGCGGAGGGCUGUUCGAACUGACCAUGGGAAGCUUCACCACGAUUGUAAACAAGACCUACACGCUGACCAUGUACUUUUGGAACAUCAAGAAACGGGAGUAGAAAUGGUAGUUUGUGCAUACCUAAUCAUGAAAAAAAUGUGCCUUAAAAUAAAGUUACAUAUAAGUGUUUUAUUUUCUGCCAAGUAACCAAGAAUACUUGCAUAAAGUAUGACUCUGAGUGGCCAAGACCCUA